UGCAAUACAUCCUUACAGUCCAUAUUUUGGAUGGAUUUCCGCGACGAUUUUGAGGCUGCCUUCUCGAAUGUUUCGAAUCAUGGAGCCCAGGAGGAUGAUGCCCUGGAACCAGAUGGAUACAUUGUGGAAGCCCUGGAAUCUGAUUACACUAUUCCCGAGUAUGUGUACGCAGAUGCGACGUACGAAAAUGAAUCCGCAACCGCCGCGAAUGUUAAUGCAGGAUCCGGAGCUGAAGAACAGCACUGCGUAGUGGACGACAGUGAAAUCGACCCAACAUCAAUCCCGUCAGCAUCAAACGAAACCCCCAACGCAAAGUUAAUGAAAUUGAGUACCGGCGAUGCAAAUUUUACGUUCAAUGGCCAGUUUUACAAACGUAGAUUCAUCGGGGAAACGUCUGGCGGAUUGAUUGGUACUCGUUUGAUCUCCGGUGAUACUGUACACGAGAUUUUGACCCGAAUAUGGGAUAUGUGUAAGCCACUUCUAUGCCGUGAAGUGAUUUUUGUAGAGAAUAGUGGCACGCAAGUUCCUACAUGGGCUGACAGGCUACCCAUUUUCGAAGAGAUGGGCAAGUUCGUCGUUUUACAGGACCACAGUCAGAAGAAACGAGUGACCAUAGAAAAAGUCAGCAGCAAACUACUGACAAGCUGCCGGUGCAAAGAGAUACGUGUUCAUGUACAUGUUUACUCUACUUCGAUUUCUUGCAAGUCACUGUGGGAAGUUACUGAGAAACAAUUAAUUCGUCAUCAAAAUGCAGAUCGAUCGGGUGCUCCUAGCAACCAGGCCGUGACGUCAUUGGCUGAAGAACUUCGGCGCAAGAAUGGUCAUUUUCAAGCACAGUCAAGUGCAUGGAGAUUGUGGGCAAAUUUCAUACAUGCUGGACCAGCCCACGAACGUGAACAAAGAUUAACUGAAAUGCCACCACAACACCUGCUGAAGUUUUUCCGAAGCGUUCCAAUUUCCUAGGCUGUGAAGUUAGAGUCAGUUCGAAGUGGUUUGUCCGUGGCUAAUACGAUUAACCAAGGAUUUGUCGCAGAAUUGGAAGCACUCGAAAACGAUACUGAUCAGCUACUAUUUUGGGCUCAGCGACUCAAAAGCCGUUUAGCAAGUAUGAGGACACGUUCGGAUGUUAAUUCGGCUCUAGUCGGAGCAAUGAGUUCUGCUGUGCGGCCAGAGGAGGAUGAAUUUAAUCGAAACAUUGCUGGCAGGGUUUCGGAUAUGUCGGAUGUAGACCAUGCAUAA